UUAGAAACUUAAAAAUGUAUUAAUAAGACAAUGUUGAAUUUUUCUCUUAUUAAAUAGAAAACUAAAGACAGUUAACUAAAUUAUUUUAGACAAAAACAUUUGUAAUAAUUUCUAAAGGCUUAUAUGUAAAACAUGUAAAAAUAGUUAGUAAUAUAGUGUCUGUAUAGUUUUGGCCCUGGCCCGGGUCUUUGCCCGGGCCGCCGCCUCUCUCACGGGAGUGGGGAGGCGGUGUUGUUACUGUUGAGGCUCUCGGAGGAGCCGGAGUGGCUGCGGCCAUGGCCCGGCUUGCUCACGGUGGGGGCCAUGUCGCUGGUCAUCGCCGCCGGGCCUCGGCUCGGCCUGGUGCCGCGUUGUGCCGCAUGUGCAGCUGUCCCGGGCCGCGCUGCUGCGGCCGCGUGGUCCGCUUCAGGGGAGCGGCGGCACGGGCGGGCUGGCUCGUGUAGUGGGACGCGGCCGUCAGCUCUAGGCACGGCCCGGCCCGGCCGUCACCACGGGCUGCCCGCGCUCCAGGUGCAGGCGGGCGGCGAAGGCCUCGCAGCUCUGCGCCGCCGACACGUGCUCGCCGAAGCCGCCACGCCGCCUUCGGCGCCCCGCGCCGCCCCAGCUGCAUUUACAAACUUGUGUCACAGUCCCGGCGCAAGCCUGCUCGGCCGCCCGGGAUGGCCGCGGGGCCGCCCCACGGCUUCUCUUCAGGCACGGCGACCGCCCCCCCGGGAGGGGGUUCCACGCGGAGCUCCGCCGGGAGCUGCACGUGGGUCGGGGACGCGGCGGGAGUCACCGCCAGCUGCAGCGGGGCUUCUGUGCUCGGGUCACUGCCUCCUGUUCGACCGCGCUUCGGCCGGGCCUUGGCCCACUUGCGGGCUCCGGGCAGAGGCGCCCCGCGGCGGCGCCGCUCCAGCCGCCCGGCUCUCUCCACGCUGUGCGCCGGGCCCGCCGCUCCCGGUGGUGCCGCUGCCACUGCCAUCUGGGUUUGCGCAGGAACCACCGCCGCAGCCUGGUCAACACCACCCAGCACCGCGAGAGGAAGUCGCCGUCGCCACCAAGCCUCGGCCGGGGAGGGCCGGAGCCGCCGCCAGCAGUCCUGCGGAGCCUCGCGCAGCUCCGUCCCCAGCCUGUUUCGCCGCGGCUGCCGAGCGUCCUGACAGCCCUGCUCUCUGUGCCCGCCGCCGGCCUUGCCGCUCGCAACGUCGAGCGGCUAUCACGUAUCUUUUUUAAACAUCACGCCGCUGUUGCUGGUAGGCACAGCAACUGUUGCUUAGCUACUGGCUCCCAGCACGGACCAUGUUCCAUGCAUGCCUCCAGCAGAGGUAGUCCACAACAUGGCCAGGAGACAGGAAGAGAAGGCAUUACCUUCUGCUCCCGGCAUGGGCAAGAUGGCGCCACCCAUGCUUUGGCGUGGUCUCCACGUGUCUGCAAGUUUGCCAUGGCUUGGGGAUUCAAAGUUUGUUUCCUUUUACCACUCACAUAAUUUGCGACACGAGCCUUCUUCCCAGAAUUCACGCAUCCGCGAAAAUUCAGUACAAAAAGGUAUAUUCUAAGGCUUUUCUUCCGUGCUCUCGGACCCCCUCCUCCUUUCCACACUGCAGUAGCACGUGGAGUUCCAUGCUUUACAAUGUCUGGGGGAGGGGAAGAUCCAAAGUUUCUCUCUGUGGGCGAGUUUUUUUGCGAGGGUUUUAAAGUGUCCACCUUUUUUACUUCUGUUUUUUCUUUGCUUCUCCAUCCCUCUUUCCAAGCAAUUUCACCAAGAAUUGUAAACAACAGCAGUCUUAAAACAGUUAUUUUCAUCAAUUUUAAAAGUCCAGUUAUGUUAUGUUUGUUAACUUGUCUCCAAAGUCUUUUCAAUAUUAAGCUUAAGGCUUUUGCAAUAUUCUGUGGUUCACGUGAAUUAAAAGUUUGCAUUUUUUCUCUUUUUUUGUUUUCUUUUUUCUCCCGCCCUCUCACCUGGGACGUAGAUUUUUCUUCUCGAGAGCGUCCUCUCCAAACGUAGGCAAUUUCCUACCGAAUUCAGGCCUUUUUUCGAGCUCAAUCGCGGUUUCUCCCGCCUACGCCCAUCAGAGUUUCCUUUCCUCUGGUACCUGGCGUUUCUUUCUUUUUCACGGCGGACGUCCCUCAGCGUUAAAUAUAGGCUGGUACCUGACGUCUGGUCCGUAUUUCUUCCUGAUUCAGGAUAAGGCUUAGGUCCCUGUUUGGGCGCCAUAUUUAUUAAUAUAAUAAAUAAUAAGUCCCAUGGGGACCAUAGCGACACCAACAUGAUGUGUAACAAGAGAGAGAUCGUUUAUUCAAGGAGUCCCAGCUUAUAUAGCAGUUUCAAAUGCUGCCACGUCACACAGGUAACUUCUUAAGCCAAUCCCAUACAAGCAUUCAACAGAGCAUGUGUGACAAGAGUACUUAGAACUACAACUCCCAGGAUGCUUUGCAGCACCUGGUGUAACCAGACCCCAUAUUAGGUCAAAGUUUCUGUUGUGCCAAUUGCUUUGCCAGUGCUUUUGUUUGUUUGUUUUAUCCAUUUAUUUUUGUGCAUGCAAAGUUUCCAAAGUUUGGCAGUUUCAUAGGUAGUAGGCCAAGUCCUGUGGUAGCAUCAGCAGAGUUUACAAUUUCCCUGAGCUGAAGUACAGUUUUGUAAAAAUUGUGAUGCCUGGUCUGUGAUUUAGUGUGGCAGGCAAAUAUACUGGAUUGUGUCCUGGAAAAGUCCUGAGGAAAUCAAAACCUGGCUUAGUGGAAGCUGUCCUACAUGCUGCCGAGUUACAGCAGGUGGUGGGAGGGCCCUGGGAAGGAGCACUGGUAAAUGAGCUGUUGGACUGUUAAAUAGGUUUAGUGUAUCAGCAUGAGGCUGUCUACAAAAUCUGUACUCAUGUACUUUUCCUACAUGCACAGAGCUGUAGUUAUUGAGAGAUUAGAGUUUGGUUUUCUGGAUUGCUUAAGGUCUUCUUCCCUUUGAUCUCACAAAUUGCUUAAUGCAUUUUAGAGGAGUAAUGUAAUCAUUGAAAAUGGAAUUUGUGUAGCUGAGGCAAAGAUAGCUCAUUAAAUUCAGCUAGGCAGAAAGGGACCUGGAAGUUUGGAUUGACAGGAAGCUGAACAUGAGCCAGCAGCAUGCCCAGGUGGCCAAGAAGGCCAAUGGCAUCCUGGCCUGGAUCAGGAAUGGUGUGGGCAGCAGGACCAGGGAAGUGAUUGUUCCCCUGUACUCAGUGCUGGUGAGGCCACACCUGGAGUGCUGUGUCCAGUUCUGGGCCCCUCAGUUCAGGAAGGAUAUUGAGGUGCUGGAGCAGGUCCAGAGAAGAGCAACCAGGCUGGUAAAGGGACUUGAGCACAAGUCCUAUGAGGAGAGGCUGAGGGAGCUGGGGUUGUUUAGCCUGGAGAAGUGAAGGCUCAGGGGAGACCUCAUCACUCUCUACAACUCCCUGAAAGGAGGUUGUAGCCAGGUGGGGGUUGGUCUCUUUCUCAGGCAGCUAUCAGUAAGACCAGAGGGUCUUAAUCUCUGCCAGGGGAGGUUUAGGUUGGAUAUUAGGAAGAAAUUCUUUACAGAGAGUGUCAUCAGGCAUUGGAAUGGGCUGCCCAGGGAGGAGGUAGAUUCUCCAUCCUUGGAAGUAUUUAAGAAGAGACUGGAUGUGGCACUCAGUGCCAUAGUCUAGUAACUGUGGUGGUAGUGGAUCAAGGGUUGGACUUGAUGAUCUCAGAGGUCCUUUCCAACUCAUCUGAUUCUAUGAUUCUAUGAAAUGUCAUGUCCUAUUGCCUAAGAGCCUUGUGUUUUUUGGUUCCUAUUUUUUCUCGGUAGAUAAUUUGGCUGUUGGAAAUUAGGCUGCUAUGUGUGCCACUGUUAUAGAUACUGGGCAGGCAGCUCCUUCAUCUGUUAUCUGGUCUAUCUGGAGCUUGCCAGAUAGGAGCUCAGAAUGGGACAUGUUCUCCAAACAAACCAUUCUUUCACACCCAAAGCAGGGGGACAUUUGACAAAGAAAAUCUUGGAGGAGGUUCCGAAUCGUGGUUCCUAGUUUAACACAGUUUAACUUAAGACUGCAGGUGGGCACCCAUGUCUGGAAGUGGAAGGUUGCAUCAAAAGUCCUUGUUUGUCUUGCUUCAGUGCUUUCUUGUGAAAUUGAUUCUUAAACAUCUCACUCCACUCUGAGGAGCAGAGCUGGUGAAUACAGGUGGGAGUACUCUUGUUGUGCAAGCUAAUAUACCAAGGCUUCUCCUUAUGUGUCAGGGCCUUUACUCUCUGCCUGGAUGUGGAUUUAGUCUUCUGAGGCAGUAAGGAUUAGCAUGGCAAAGAGUGUGAAAUGUCAUGCUCCCUUAGUAGUAAUAUCUCAGUAAAUAUGAGAGAAUUGUUCCACAAGGAAGAGUUUAAGUCAGAUUAAGGUUUGCUACAAGCUGAAAGCAGAAUUAUUCUCCCUGAUUAAUUCCCUUUGUAAGUGUUGUCACUUCAUAAUAAGUGUUCUUAUCUGGAGCAAGAGUAUUUGCAUGGUGUUAAUUAAGAAUAACUUUCUAAGUAGACAAGUUUAGAAGUAACUCCUGAAUAAAACCAGUGUGAAGUUUUUAGGUCAUAAGGCUUGAGAUAUGUUCAAAAAUAUUCUGAAAGUAAAUUAUAUCUGUUUUUCAAGUCUUUACAUCUCAGAUGUGGCCUCUCUGACUCACCUUAGAUAAAAAUCUUCUUUACCUCUGAGGAAGGUAUGCAUGCCAGAUUUUUAGAGACAAGGAAAUUGGAUAGAUGGAUGUCCAGCAGAAUAAACUUGACCCUUUAAUUAUACUUGUAGGAUCCUGUUUUAUUGCAGAAGAUGUUAUAAGGUGAAUUCAUCAGUCAAGAAGUCUUAAAGUGGGGAAAGAUUUACUACACUGAAGAGCAUUAUGGUAUAAAAAGCAUGAAAAGAAACAGUGUUUAAGGUGGUUGCAAGGAGCUGAGACCCUGUAAAGCCCUGGACCUUGCUGGACAAGUUUCUUAAAGAGGCUUAAUUAUGGGGUUUUUUAUACCCUGAGGCAGGCGCAAGAAAGAAAUGCCACAACGCUCUCCGGAGGUUAAACAAGAAAUUUUUACUCGUAAACUUCGGACAAUAAGGGAACUUCGGCAAAAUUUAAAGGCAACAUGCAGUCAAAAUAAAGCAUUUCAGAAAGCAUUGACUUAGGAAACUCUAACCCAUACAGCUUUAAGUUACCCAGAUUUCGAGAAGAGGAAAUUAGGAGAAGGAAAGAGAGAGAAAGGUAUAGCUACCAUCUUGGUUGCAGAGUGAUCUUAGUUGCUGUAGAUCCAAGACAAUAAGGAUGCCACAUGUGCAUGCCUCCUGUUAAUUGCAUUUAUCUGCUCUGGUCUCCUGUAGUGUGGAGCAUUGCUUUCAGUGUGCCAGUGACUGACAGCCACUCCAGGGCGGUCCUAGAAGCUCUAGGGGGGGAUGGUGUGUAGAGCAGUGCACCAUCCCACCACUGCAAAAUUUGCCCUGCCCCCCUGCCUUUAGUUGUUCUGAGGCAGUAAUCAUUUUUCCAGUCUCUCACAGAUUCUUCUUGUCUUUAAGAGAAAGGUCUGGAAUAGACAGGCUAUACAGGAGGGCAGCAUUAACAGUAUUUACGUUCUAAGUACUGGUUCCAUUAGCUCUAAAUCUUAAACUUUCUGAGCUAUGAUUCAUCUUGACUUCUUGAUGUGGGUGACUUGGAAGUUUGAGGAGAAUGGGAGGAAGCUGUUACAGCUGUUCACUGGUAGUAGUUUUGGUGCGAAAACGAGAUGGAAAGUGUUUGUGAUGUGGGAGUGUUUUGAGUGUUCUUGUAAAGGUGGGGGCUUAUUUGACCACUAUAUUGGCCUUUAAAAAAAGUGGCCUCUGAAGUUUACUUUUUUUGAGGUCCGUACUUGCAUGGGAAAUGGAAAAGGCAGUCCUUUUUGUGAGUAAAGUACAGCAGAGGCAUGAAACAAUACAUAGAGAGCAAUAUGAAAAAUUGUGCUCCCACUAAUAAAGUUUAAGAUAGUAUUUUUUGUUUAUUAUUUUGUUAAAGAAAGAUGCAUUAGUUUUGACUGGGUUUUGUGAUAAGGGUGUAGGUACAUCUCGUUCUGUAUAUGCUGUAAAUAUGAGCAGCAGCUCAAAUAGGGUCUGCUUGAUCUUCCUAAAGAAGCAUUGUAAGUGCUUUCUAAGCAUGUCAGUGGAUCUUUUCCUCAUGAUCUACAUGAAGGUAUAGAGCCUUGUUUUAUUUUGCUGCUCAAGUGAAGAAACUGCCUGUUUCUGUGCAGGAAACAGUUCUGUGAGACUCCUGUGCUGUAGUUGGUAGUUGGUCUCUAACAGACUUACACAUUAGGUAGCUGGAAUUCAGGCGUACAGAUACAGUUAAGCAAAACCAAGCAUUCUUCAAGCUUUUAUUUCUCAACAGAGCAACAUUUAUAUAUGUCUCUGAAAAUUGUGUCUGCGUGAUUCACCAGUGGAACCAUAAAAUACAGGUUUGGGGAAAACUACCUGCGUUUUCUCUGCAGAUUCUCAUCUGUCAUGGGUGGCAAAGGGUUUGAAAACUGUGCUGCAAAAUUAUAAUAAUUACUUUUUUUGAUUGCUCUGAUGUAUUUUCUCAGUGGAAUCCCUGCAAAUUCUCAGUUCCAGGCUCCUGCAAAUGCAUAUAAUGAGAAGAGAUUUUUUUACGAUUUUUUUUUUUGCUUGCUUUGUAAUACUUUAAUCUCAUAAUUUUCUCUUAUUCUCUGUAAUUGUUUGGUAACUCGCUUCCCUUUUUUGUUCUGCACCAUUAGCUAGCAUUCAGAACACACUGAUCCCUUCCUGAAAUACUGACAGCUUCACUUGAUUGGGUACCUGAUUUA